AUGGAGCUUCGCUCGGAGCUGCCCAGCGUGCCCGGCGCCGCGACGGCGGCGACCACGGCGACGGGGCCGCCCGUGGCGUCCGUGGCGUCGGUGGCGGCGGCGGCGGCGGCGGCGGCGUCGCUGCCGGUGAGCGUGGCGGGCGGGCUGCUGCGGGCGCCCCCGCUGCUGCUGCGCGCGGCGGAGAAGUACCCGCGGACGCCCAAGUGCGCGCGCUGCCGCAACCACGGCGUGGUGUCCGCGCUCAAGGGCCACAAGCGCUACUGCCGCUGGAAGGACUGCCUGUGCGCCAAGUGCACGCUCAUCGCCGAGCGCCAGCGCGUCAUGGCGGCGCAGGUGGCGCUGCGCAGGCAGCAGGCGCAGGAGGAGAACGAGGCGCGCGAGCUGCAGCUGCUCUACGGCACGGCCGAGGGCCUGGCGCUGGCCGCGGCCAACGGCAUCCUCCCGCCGCGGCCCGCCUACGAGGUCUUCGGCUCGGUGUGCGCCGCCGACGGCGGGGGCCCGGGGGCCGGGGCGCCCGCGGGGACCGGCGGAGGCGCGGCGGGCGCCGGGAGCUCAGAGGCCAAGUUACAGAAGUUUGACCUGUUCCCCAAGGCGCUGCUUCAGGCAGGCCGGCCGGGCAGCCCGCCCCCGCCGCCUGGGAAGCCCUUAUCACCCGACGACGGCGCGGACUCGGGUCCGGGGACCUCAUCCCCGGAGGUGCGGCCAGGCUCGGGCUCCGAGAACGGCGACGGCGAGUCCUUUUCGGGGUCGCCCCUGACCCGGGCCUCCAAGGAGGCAGGUGGCAGCUGCCCAGGCAGCGCCGGCCCCGGAGGCGGCGGCGAGGAGGACAGCCCAGGCUCCGCCAGCCCUCUGGGCUCUGAAUCCGGUUCGGAGGCUGACCGAGAAGAGGCAGAGGCCCCUCCGGCCCCGGGGCUGGGCGGGGGCCCGGGCCCGAGGCAGCGGACCCCGCUGGACAUUCUGACGCGCGUCUUCCCGGGCCACCGGCGCGGCGUCCUGGAGCUGGUGCUGCAGGGCUGCGGCGGCGACGUGGUGCAGGCCAUCGAGCAGGUGCUGAACCACCACCGCGGGGGCCUGGCGGCCGGCCUGGGCCCCGCCGCGCCCUCGGAUAAGGCCGCCGCGGGCGCAGCAGCAGCAGCAGCAGCGGCGGCGGAGGAUGGGUGGCUGAGCCGGGUGGACGCCGCCGCCGGGGGGCCCGGGCUGCCAGCGCCGCUGCAGGCGGGCCCCGCCGCACCCCCGCACCACAGACCUUUGCUGGCCGGCGCCAUGGCUCCGGGGACGCUGGGCUCGCUGAGCAGCCGCUCGGCCUUCUCGCCUUUGCAGCCCAACGCCAGCCACUUCGGCGCGGCCGCCGCCGACGCAGGUGCAGCCUACCCGCUGGGCGCGCCGCUCGGCCUCAGCCCCCUGCGCCUGGCCUACUCGGCGGCGGCGGCGCACAGCCGCGGCCUGGCCUUCAUGGCGCCUUAUUCCACCGCCGGCCUGGUGCCCACGCUCGGCUUCCGCCCGCCCAUGGACUACGCCUUCAGCGACCUCAUGCGCGACCGCUCCGCCGCCGCCGCGGCCGCCGUGCACAAGGAGCCGUCCUACAGCGGCGGCCUGUACGGGCCGAUGGUCAACGGCGCCCCUGAGAAGCAGUAG